AUGUCACUGUCAACAAAGGCACAGAAGGCCAAAGAGAAGGGCAACGCAGCCUUCAAGGCUGGGAACUUUCCAGAAGCCGUUGGCCACUAUACUGAAGCUAUGGUUGCUGAUGGAUCAGACCCGACAUUCCCUUUGAAUCGAGCCGCUGCGUAUCUCAAGCUAGGCAAACAUGUUGAUGCCGAACGGGACUGCACGACAGUUUUAAGACUAAGUCCUGGGCAUGUCAAAGCAUUAUACAGACGCGCACAGUCUCGAAUUGAGCUCCACAACUUGAAUGAAGCUAAGAUCGACCUACUUGAAGCACUGAAGAGAGAACCAGGUAAUUCCGCUGUAGAAGGUGAACUGCAGCGAGUAGACAACCUUCUGUCAAAACCGUCAACUGCAAGAACUGCACCACUGGAUGUAAAUCAGAAUGCACAUCCACAACGUCGCAGAAUACCUAUAGAAAUAGUUGAAGCAGAUUCGUCACCGCUUUCAUCUGCUCGAUCGACGGAUCUUCUGACACCCGUCUCUUCUCGUCAACUUCAUCCGAAGCCCGAAGAUGCGUUACCUACUCCACUACCCUCACCCUCUCAGGCCCCGUCGCGCACACUAGAUCCUGCUCCCAAAGCGACGAAGUCACAGUCACCAGCAAAGCCAACCAGUACCAGAGGCGGCAUCUUCCGCGCUUCAGGAAAACACACGCUGUUCCGUACGCCAGAACCAUCAAGUCCAUCUCCAAAAUCAACCACACUUCCACCAAAACCUACUACAAUCACAAAAGAAGAUGUCGUACUUCAGCCGGCCCCACUCUCACUGUUUGAAUUUUCUCGUGCUUGGGAACUAGCGUCACCUACUGAACGAUGGGAUCUCCUAUGUAAAAUUCCUCCACCGUCUCUCCCAACGCUGUUCAAAACCUCACUCGAAGCGCCAUUACUCGUUCAAAUUCUCGAAGUUUGUUCUCUCGCUGUGGACUCUACAGGGGACUCUACAAUUAAAGCCCGUGUACGCGAGUAUUUACACUGGUUCCAGCGAGUGCCACGAUUCUCGACUGUCGUACUGUUUUUGAGCAAGAAAGAGAAGGAAUUGGGAAGAUCCUUGGCGGAUGCUAUUGCGUUCCCGGAUUGGAAGAUGUGA